UUUAACCUUUUAUAACUCAAAUUCCCAGAUUAAUCAUUCUUUAGCCUGGGUCUUCAUUGGAAUAACUGUUCAGUGUUUAGUGUUAUCUCGUUUGGCUUGUUCAAAUCAAAUAGAUGGUUUGUUGUUGAAACAUGAGCAUAGUUCAUGUUAGACUGCAAUGUCUGCAGGGUAUUACUGCUGGCUGAGCAGUGAGGUAGGCUGUAGUCUCAGAAAUAGAAGAGCAAAUAGGUGGACUCCAUCAACAGUUGUGACAAAGUAGUAAAAAAGGUCUCCAGGGGAGCUAUGCUCUAGCCCCAUGGUAUCCAACCAGUUCUAGAUACAGCUAUGGUAAACUAGCCACCUUCAACCAGCCAAAUAGCCACAGGUGGCUAGUGUGUUGAACCCCACCACUCUAGGGCUAUGCUACAAGGGUAAAUGGGAGGUGAAGGGUUGUGCUGUAAUAGAGUGAACCCUCUGUGUCCUGGGUAAUGGUGACCCACAGUUAUACUUGUAUUUUCACCAGACUGGAGGUGGAGGCUAAAAGUUUUAGGGUUGAAGCUCAAAUUAGGCCUUUCAAUUCAAAAAGGGGCAUUUUGCCACAUGGUAACAUAGAAACAAGUUGAGUACAAUUUUGCCAAACUUUGUCACUGCAUAAGAUCUCCUUGAUACCCAUCCUUGCCCUGUCCUACCCAAAUAUAUAAUAACAGUAAUAAAAACUUACAAGUUAUACCAUGAGGUGGUUUCUGGUAGCAAGCUGUAUAUUAGGAUGAGGUAUAGGCAAAGAUCCUCCCAACCUUGUUGUUGCUCAUUAGGCAGUAAGAUGAUGCAAAGGGAAAGUUACUCAGGACCCAGGUCUGUGUCUCAGCUACACUACUUGUAAUACUACCCUAUAACAAAUAGUGUUACAAAAUCCACAAUAAUACACUUGUAGCUUUGGUAUCUGAACUGUGCAAAAGCCAGUACCUUCUUUAAACUACUCAAAUCAAGUCCAUGCAGAUUUGCCAUCUCACUGCCUGCUCUACAUUAAUAAAAAACACUUGCACAGAGCAAUAAGACCCAACUCCUCAAAGUUAUUCAGACGCCUAACUUUGACUGAAAGCAAUGAACAGUAAGUACAUAAGUAUCUCUGUAGCAAGCUGCUCACAGGAGAACUCAUCUUCAUGGGAAAGUUCUACUAAGAAAUUAACCAUGGCAUCAAUUGCAAUCAUAUGUAUACAAUUACUUCCUCAAGAGCCCCUUGCUUGUAGUCCCACAUAGAUUCUAUCAUUGGUCACAGGAGAGAGUAUUUAGUUUUCAUAGGUUUGCUGAACUGUCAGUCUUCAGCUCCUGACCACAGCUGUAUUCACCUCACCCCCGGUACAUAAAAGGUGAGGGGGGGAAGGGUGCCUAAGCACUUAGUAGACUAUCAACUACAGCAAAUAAUGGCAGGUAAGUAACUGUUGUAGAUAAAACUGUGAUAAAUAAAACACUUUGUUUUCUUCAUGUAUUUGUUAGUUUCAAGCAGGUGGCAAUUUGUGUAAAAUUCUACUUUUUAAAAUUUAUGUAUGAUGUUUGGGAGGGUUUGCCCUUCCUUCUUGGUAGAAGAGAGAAUGGCAUCAAGUUGGGGCUUCUUUACUGUGAUCAGCAAUUGGCAGCUUUGGCUCCCCCAUCCCCCUUUCCUAACUGAGAUCUGGACAAGUCUAACUUACAGGUGUGCACUCUGCACUAUGUGACUUAAGGAUGACCAUACUGGGUCAGACCAAAAGUCCAUCUAGUCUAUUAUUUUGCCUUCUGACAGUGGCCUGUACCUGGUGCAAUAAACAGCACAGGUAAUCAUCAAGUGACUGCUUUCCCUGUUGUCCUUAGCCUCUAUUUUCCAGAACCUGGGAAUGGACAUCAAUCCUGCCUAUCUUGACUAAUAGCUGGCUCUAUUCUCUAUGAAUUCAUUUAGCACUCUUGAACCCUGUCAGUCUUAAUCCUGCAUAAUAUGGGAGAAAUGGCCUGUACAUUAUAAUUAAGAGGUAAAAAUGAGUAGCAUUGGUUAUUUGUAGUUCUUAAGCUAUAAUUGAUAGGCAUGCUGUUUAACAUUAAUCAAAUGCUUCAGCUUGUACUCUUGAUCUAUAAACUGUUCCCCCUCUCUUGCCUUUCAGGUGCAUCUGACUCAGCUAUGGCUUCUGAGACCCAAAGAAACGACUCUUCCCUAGGGACCCAGGAACAGGAGCAACAGAAUCUCUUGAGGAAGGUGGCCAGUCUGCCCUUGGUCAGCUCUGCCUAUGAAAUGGCUGCUGCUGCCUAUGCCUCCACUAAAGAGAGCCACCCCUACAUAAAAUCCUUGUGUGAUGCAGCAGAGAGAGGAGUGAAGACCAUUAGCGAGGCUGCAACCAGUGGCGCACAGCCAAUUCUGACUUCAUUUGAACCACAGACAAAUGAAUAUGCUAGUAAGAGACUGGAAACACUGGAAGAGACGCUGCCAACCCUUCAAAUUACAGCAGACAAGGUUGCUUCCAACACCAAGGAACUGGCGUCCUCCAAAGUGGAAGCUGCCAGCAAACUUUCCAGCUUAGUAGACCUGACCAGAGAAGCUGUGCAGGGGAGUGUGGAUUCCACCAAGUCAGUCAUGACCUACAGCGUGAGCACAGCCAUGGGCUCAAGAAUGGGCCAGAUGGCAAUGAGUGGGAUGGAAGCAGUGCUGGAGAAAUCAGAAGAGCUGUUAGAUCAAUAUCUCCCCAUAACGGAUGAGGAACAAGCUGAACUUGCAACAUCUAUAAAGACAGAACAAGUGGCUCCUCUCCAGCAUCCAAGUUACUUUGUGCGCUUGGGCUCCCUGUCAAGCAAACUCCGUCACCGUACCUACCAGCAUUCUCUAACCAAGAUAAAAAAUACCAGGCAGAGCAUCCAAGAAGGGCUCUCCCAGCUUCAUCAUACCAUUGAUCUGAUUGAAUAUGUGAAGCAAGGCAUGGAUCAGACACUUCAAGAUGGCCAAGAGAAACUCCACCAGAUGUGGCUGGACUGGAGCAAGAGGCAGACAGGAGGGAAUGAGGAUAAAGACUUGGUACAAUCUGAGCAACUGGAGUCUCGUGCUCUGACAAUGUUUCAGAGCAUUGUCCAGCAGCUCCAGGCAACCUGCUUGACCCUACUGUCCAGCAUCCAAGGCUUCCCGUCCAAUAUCCAGGAUAAGGUGCAGGAGGUUCGUUGCAGCACAAAAGAGCUCCAGGCUUCCUUCUCCACUGUCCACUCCUUCCAAGAUCUCUCCAGCAGUAUCCUGACCCAGAGCCGCAAAAAGGUGACCAAAGCCCAGGAGUACAUGGAUGAACUACUAGAGUACAUUGUGCACAAUACUCCUCUGUCCUGGCUUGUGGGACCCUUCCUGCUGUCUGGCACAAUACCAGAAGAAGCCAGGGAACCACAGAAUGAGGUUGGGGAAAAUAAAUAGCUUCUGUAAUCAGCUCUGAUACUCACUAUAAAUGUCAAGGAAAAAGGUCUUUGACUAGUGAGCUGCAAUAAGUAACACAUAAGCUUCCAGAUCCUAUACCUUUCUGUACAUCCAUCUCCCGACACUAGAUUGAAUUGCUUUGUGUAGGAAAUGAAGUUACUUGCACCUUCUGGCUCAAACGUGCUUCACUAUCAUCCUGGAGAGGCAUUUCCUCCCCUGGAUAGCAUGAAGUAUAACUCAUCUCACCUUGCAUAGGCUGCAUGCUUCCUGUGGCUGAGCUAAGAUGUUAACACAAUGAUUAAUAGCUUUCUAAAUAGCAAUGCUGUCUCCAGAAGUAUCUCUUUAAAAUAUGAAUGUAAAGUCCUUCAAACUGCAUGAAUAUACCCCAGGAACUCAACCUCUGUCUGCAGUUUUCCCUAAACAUUAAAAUAAUGGUUAAGGACUAAGUUACUUCUGAUAAACUGCUCUUGCCACAGUCAUGUAGUCCUCUCCACCACUAAGAAGCUCUUGCUAGAACUUUCUAUGAGACUUUUCUCCUUAGUAGGAUCUCACUGCUUUAAACACAGCCACAGCUCUGGAUUCCUGAACCAUGCGUUGCCAUCAACCAUGAUGAUUUCAAUGCAUGGAGGUAUACAAUACUAUUAAUCAGAUGACUGUCAUGCCACAAAGUCUAAUGUAAAUGUAGUCGGCUGAAUGUUUUAGUAAGUCUGUAUUCCCUUGUCACUUCUCCUCAAUAUGCUGUAAUAGAGACAUUUUGUCUCUUGUGAAAUAAACAAUAUUGCA